AUGGCAGGACGGACGUUUGUUAGAUUGGUCCUUCUAGGAAUUUCGUCGUGCUCGCUCGUCGGAAGGACAGGCGCUGGAAGGUUGCUGAACAAGCUGCUAGGAGGAAGCUCGGACGUCGAGGAAGAUGCCAAGCUGAGUCCGGCUGGCCUGAUGCACAAGAACGGCUACCCGGUCCAAGUGCACCACGUGAUCACGGAAGACGACUACAUCCUUGAACUGGACAGGAUGCCAUACGGUGUGGAAGGCGACACUCCCAACUUGAGGCCGCCCGUGCUGCUAGUUCACGGGAUCAUCUCGUCGGCAGCUGACUUCGUCCUCAACAAGCCUCACCAGAGCGCAGGUUUUCUUCUAGCGGACAGAGGGUUUGACGUGUGGCUUGUCAACUGCAGGGGAACGCCUUACUCCAACUACCACAAGACACUCACUACGAAGGACCCGGAAUUUUGGGAAUGGAGCUUCGACGAAAUUGGCCGCUACGACUUGGCAGCGACUAUCGACUACGUUACGCAGGUUACGGGAUUUAUGAACAUCAGUCUGGUUGUGUGGUCCCAGGGUUUCACGGAAACUUUGGUGCUUCUCUCAACGCGACCCGAAUACAACGCCAAGAUAAAUCUUGUGGCAGCCUACGCACCAGUUGGAAACAUCUCUCACAUCGAAACGCCGCUCACCCUUCUGGGCCCUGUUGCCGAGAGAGUCGCUUCCGUGUUGCACUACUUCACCAAUGGAGCACUGCUGACGUCCAGUGAAACAAGCCAGUUCCUCAUCAACCAGUUUUGCAACAAUGUCUUUCGGGGAGCCUGUUUCCUUCCAGUUAACAUUGCCGUGGGGGCGAGCCGCGAGCAGUUGAACAAGAUGUACAGAGCGCAAAAUUUUAUUAUGUACAACUACGGAUUCGCAGAAAACUUGAUACGUUACAACCAGGUUGUAAAGGAAUUGGCUUCGCCGUGA